AGCGUAUCGCUUUCUUGCAAAACGUGUCCGUGCUGUUUUCUCUCUUCGCUCUCUCUCUGCCUCGUUAAUCUCCCUGUUCUCUCGCACCGCUCUUUUCUUUCGGUAACUCGUGUUCGUUGUACGUCCAGGGAAAAAGGAGACCGUUCCCCGUUUCGGUUUCACCGUGUCUCGUGUGCGAGUCGAUCGGUAAACGUGAAACGAGUAUCAAGUGAAAAAAAAAGCGGGGGAUUAUACACGCAAAGCCAGGAAGAAAAGGUGUUGCAGCCAAGGACGUUUGUGUUUGAGUUUCGCGUGACCAACGAGAAGAGAGGGAGAGGCGCAACUGGCACGUUCGAACGCGCGUGGUUUCCGCGUGCGGGACUCGGUGUGUCUCGUGCUACGUUCAAGCGGCUUCCCGCUGAAAUCGUUCUUUUGCGAACGGAUCGGACGAACCGACGGGAAAAGGUAUAUUCGACGCAACGAUCGAACAGGUGGACAUUGUGCAGCGAUCGAUGCUGAAGGGAGUCGAUCGUGAAAUUCGGUUGACACGCUCGACGAUAAACUUGGAGAACGUUGCGACGAUAACAGCGAGAACGAUGUCGUCCGUCGUGACGGAGGACCGAUAAUCUCGAAGAUCUUGAAGUUCACAAAACGGAAUUCUGCAUGCGAGUACCCAGGACAGAAGUGUUCGGGCCGUUCGGUGGAGCGCUCACCUCCGAAAACGUAGUCUGGAAGGAUCCGUUUAGCCCUACGACCACGCAGACAGGGCAACUCCAUUCGCCGAACGGCGACAGCGACAACAGCAACGGUAGCCAGCGUGCGGUGGCCAUUACACGGAACGACGUAGAUCAGCAACCGCAUCGCCAACGGCAGCAACGUCAGGCACCAGCUACCGUUCCAGUUCUCGCCUGUACGAAUCAUUCAACAACCACGACCACCACCGCGUUCAACGUAGUAGGCUCAAGUAUGCUACUGCUUCAGGCACAGAACUCUUACGGUGGCGCUUUGGCGGACUUGUUCAACGUCCCUUACGCGGAUACCACGGAUACGGGUAGUUUGCCAGGAGAACUGGAUCCAUUUCCGGAACUGCAACUGGGCAAUCCUCAAGGAGUAUCUACGGCUGACGAGUCGGCUCAAGCUCAGCAAACGGUGCAUCAUCAACAAGCACCGCAACCACCUCCGUCGGCACCGCCACUUCCGGAAGACGUUCAAGCCGAUUCGCAUAGUUCAACACCCUUGCCGAGCUUCCAAGAGACCUACACUCAACGGUACACCAGACAGGAGCUCCAGGUGCUCGGCAUCAAAAUGGACGAGGGAGAGUGUUACGAUAACUCGGUAUAUUCCUGCCCCACUGGCCAUUAUCCUGCCGAGUUCUCGCCCACGUUGUCCUACCACGAUCAUCAGCAACCACCGCAGCAACAGCAUCACCAUCCCCACCAGCAGCAACCGGCACCGCCUCCUCAACAACAACACCAUCAUCAUCAUUACUUCGCUACGGAGACAGCGCCGACACCGACCACGGCCGUUCCUUCUCCGUCGAAUCAUCGGCAGGAUUCACCUUACGGCGGAUCGGUCAGCGUGCCCAUCGUGUACGGGCAAGCACCGGCCAUAACCGGUGGUGCCACCGCCGUCGCGCCGACGGAUAUUUGUCCGAGCGUCGACAGCGUCGUCGUGGGAACACCUCAACCACGAAGGCCGUCCUUGCCCACGCAGAGGUCUGAGUCUGCGAGUAGUGGCAGCACGGAAUCGCCGAAAGCGCGUGGCGGUAGCGGCAGUACCGGAAGCUCCGUCAAUUCCCCGUCGCCCGGAAGCGGAGCCAGCAACGAACGAGCACCUCCGAGCCCGAGUCAAUUGUGCGCCGUUUGCGGUGACACGGCAGCCUGUCAACACUACGGUGUGCGUACCUGCGAAGGUUGCAAGGGUUUCUUCAAGAGGACGGUGCAGAAGGGCUCGAAGUACGUGUGUCUCGCCGAGAAAGCUUGCCCCGUCGACAAGCGUCGACGGAACCGUUGCCAAUUUUGUCGCUUCCAGAAGUGCCUGAUGGUCGGCAUGGUGAAAGAGGUUGUUAGGACAGAUUCGUUGAAAGGGCGCAGAGGUAGAUUACCCUCGAAGCCAAAAUCACCGCAGGAAUCGCCUCCCAGCCCGCCAGUUUCUCUGAUCACAGCUUUGGUGCGUGCGCACUUGGACACGACGCCUGAUCAAGCGAGCUUAGACUAUUCGCAGUACCGACAACCGAGGCCCGGCGAUCCACCGAUCACGGAAGCGGAAAAGACCCAACAGUUUUACAACCUUUUAACCACUUCCAUCGACGUGAUACGAAACUUUGCCGAUAAAAUUCCCGGUUUUACGGAUCUGGUGCGAGAGGAUCAGGAGUUACUUUUCCAAUCAGCCAGUCUGGAAUUGUUCGUUCUACGGUUGGCGUAUCGCACGAAACCGGAGGACACGAAGUUAACGUUCUGCAACGGUGUGGUCCUGGCAUUGGAACAGUGUCAGCGUAGCUUUGGCGAUUGGCUUCACAGCAUUCUCGAGUUCUGCAGGGCUCUUCAUGUUCUCGACGUAGACAUUAGCGCUUUCGCCUGCUUGUGUGCUCUCACUCUCGUUACCGAAAGGUACGGCCUGAAGGAACCGCAUCGCAUGGAGCAGCUGCAGAUGAAAAUAAUCUCGUCUCUUCGCGAUCACGUCACCUACAAUGCCGAGGCUCAGAGAAAAGCUCAUUACCUGUCCCGCCUGUUAGGUAAACUACCGGAACUGAGGAGUCUGUCGGUGCAAGGACUCCAGCGUAUCUUUUACCUGAAACUGGAGGAUUUGGUGCCAGCUCCGCCGUUGAUCGAGACGAUGUUCGUCGGUAGCCUACCCUUUUAAAAUCACCUUCGAACCAACCGAGCCUAAGGCUAAUCUCGCGUUGAACAAUUCAUCGUGAUCGCGCUCGAGACCGAUGCGCGGUUGCGUUACUAUUCGAUUAAGUUUUCUUCUUUAGUUCUGUACGUAUACGUAUGUAGCUCUCGCUAUCUUGUUGCGUGUAUCCUUGCAUGAUCUUCGCGAGUGUGUCGACGAGCGUGAAUUAUCGUUACGCGAACGACAGUUAGCUUCGAGACGAUCGAACAAAGACGAUGUUCUCGAGGCUGAGUCUCGACGCUGACGAGUUUCGAGUGUCUCCGUGGAACGGGUGUGCGUGUGAUCGAACGUUGUGCAGGAUUAAAUUUAAGACAAAGGUUCCCUGUUGCGAGUGUACGCGAUUCGAGAGAAGCGUGGAUGGUCGGCCGCGUGAUUCGACGAUGUGUCCGAAGGCGGACGCGUCUGCCCGACGCGACAACUGUUACUAUUGUUACUACUAUUAUUACCGCUAUUACUAUUUUAACACUGUACAAUGUAACGAUUAUUCUUGCUAUCGAAAGUACAGACGAAGGCGAAUCACGUUUUCUUGACGGAUCAUCAAUCACGCGGGAAACAUCGACGAAACGAACGAUAGAUUCUAUCCAUCGUUUUAGAAAUAGAUGAAACUUACCUACCGCGGAGUGGUCGCUAAGUAUCGAACUAUUUUUCGCAAACGUGCACAAACGAGACAUCGUGCGAAUACAUUGUCAUUUACACGCGCGCGCACACACACACACACAUACACACACACACAUACAUGCACGUACACACACGUAAAUACACAGGUACAUGAAUUUUUAUCACUUUUCUACCUACUUUAUAUAAAUCAUCGCGUCAACGAACACUACGUUUAUUUCAUCGCUGGUGCUAAGCGUAAUCGACGAUCCGCCAAGCAAGAGGAUUCCCUUCUUACCGCGAACGAAUGUACUUACUUAUCCGUUGGAGAGAAGGAAGAAACGCGAUGACGGUUUACAACAUAUCAAAGCAACGACGGAAGAGCGCACGUAGACGUCGUGACUUAACGUCGCUGAUAAAUUCCCUCCCUUUCCCAUCGUGAAUUUCGCUCUUCCGUGUUGACGAUUUUAAAAAAGAGGAAAAACUCGUGAUCGUGAUCAUGCUCGAACGUCGGCGCGAUGAUGCUAAACAACGUGUAUGUUCUUUCGAAAAAAAUCCUUCGUUUCCUGUACUAGAAAGAGUUGAUCGGUGCUGUAUCCUCGCCCUAAUUUAGCAUCGUCGUAAAACGUACGAGUGUCUUCCGCGUCACGCACGGUCGGGACCGUACCCGCCCAAAUGAACCGCUAUCUUUGCGUUAAUGUGAUUUUAGACAGCUAAGGGAGACAAGAUUGAAGUAGGACCCGAACACAGCCAAAUCGAUCGCAGUGCUAGGAAUUUGAAUGGGAAUCGAGGUCAUGCGUGUCAUCGCGGUAUCUUGAUUCGGUAAACAGAGGCUUUGCGACGGGUCCGGCAUAAAGUUACCUAUUACGUUAUGACAUUUAUUUUUAAUCAAACUAACGUAGGAAGUCCCUAUUUAUACGUAUACCGCGCCGCUAUCAUUACUACUACUUAUACUACUAUUACUUGCUACUUAUUGUUACGUAUUACUUACCGCUAGCGUUUACGAUUCUAUGGCGUUUACCGAUCGCCUGUCAUUACCACUACCGUUACCAUCCGCUACCUUCUUACCACCACAGCCGCCACCUUGCGUUACCAUUGUUCGCUAAACGCGUAAGGCUCUCCGUCAACGUUGUGCACUCUUCGCCGCUCUACCGUAUCUUUGGAAUGACGAACGUCGUCCUGGAAUUCGAUCGACCUUCGGAAGAUUGCGUCCACGUUGCCUGGAGAGCGAAUCGAUGGAAGAGGAUCGUCCAAUUUACCGAUCAACGAUCGUUGCUCGUCGUUCGAUCUCCAGCAGGCUUGUCCUUAUCGUUCGGCGGAAAAUGUCUGCUCUCUGUUCUCUGUGUUAUUUGUCGACGUUAAAAGAAAGAAGUACACAGCCCAGUAAACCGGUCCAACCGAUGCAGCGUUUAAUAUAUUCGAUAGUAUCACGAAGCAUUGUCUUUUAAUGCACUUAACCGACGAAGGACACAUUUCGCGUGGGAAAUUACCUCCCUGCACCCGCGAGAAACACGUUAAAAUACAUGUAUAUGUGCACAAUAGGUAUAAAAAAAUAAUUACGUGUGUAUACGUUACUCUUUAAUCGACCGUGUGUAUCCGCAAAUGUUCGACAUUUCGUAAAGGAACGCGUCCAGAUUGGACAUUACGAUUUUUCCUUCCACUCUCGAUCUCCGUGCAAUCAUGGUUCCUUUCGAAGAUCGAGCAUCUUCGAUUUAAUUUUAUUUUAACGCGUAUAUCGUUUGUUUCGCAAGAAUCAUCGAUAGUCGUAUAAUAACUCGCUAUCGAAGACGAAAGUAAUGAUCGCGAAGAAAAUUUCAUUUGCCUGAUCAAAGACAGUUGAAGACAGUGAACGGCAGUUUUCGUUAACGCGAGAGCUUUGCGGAUGGAUACGACGCGAAAUAAAAAUGCCCGGCAAGAAAGCAAGGUACGAACGUACGCGAAAAGAAGACACGAUCGAAAAGUGUUUCCUUUUCGACGAAAA